UGAAAAAUAAAAAGGUUUAUUUCACCACUCGUUUCAAGACGCAGAGGAACAGCCGGACAGGGGAAUAGAAACGAUUGCGUAUCCACCUCCAGGUUGUAAUUCAUCAUCAAGGUAUUGCAUUGUAUUUGAACUUGCAAGGGGGAUUUAUCAAGUACGGAAAGGUACUUGUUUGAUUUUUGAGAUGAAGAUUUACAAGUUGAUUCAUGUUUAGAAGGGACUUGGUUGAUUUGAGGAUAAAGCAAGACUUGGCUUUCAAACUGCUUUACAAGUCCUAGAAUUUGGGAUGUAUGGUCAAGGAAAUUAUGGUCCUCAGUAUGGGCAAGGUCCUCCUCGGGCACCAAUGCCACCGUUCCAACAACGCCCGCCUGGGCCUCCUCCUCCUUUCCAACAAGGACCUCCUCCAGCUGCACCCCCUCAUGCCAGUGCGCCAGGUGUUCCCAUGUACCAGUCCGGUCCACCUGCCCCAGUUCAGCAAUCUUACAUGCCUCCACCUCCACCUCCACCUCCCCUAGUCCAUGGAAGUGCCCCAGUGGCACAUUCAUACCCAGCUGCUCAACAAAACUCUCAAUAUCCCUCACAUUUAGGGACCCAGAAUGCCCAUCACAUGCCACCGCCGCCGGCGUUGCUGCCUGCCCCACCUUUUGGGCAAAUGCGCCCAGAAGUGUUAAGGCCUCCACCACCUCCUAGUGUGCUACCACCUCCCCCUUCACAAGGACAAACGAUGUACAGGGCGCCUGUUCCUCCAUUGCCUGGUGGUGGUGUGCAGGGUCUUCAGCAUAUCAUGCCGCCUGGCCCUCCACCAAAUUCUAACUUCUUCAGUUCUGUUCCAUUUGGAUCUUUUGCACACCCAAUUCCUGGAGAUGCACACAUGCCUCCUUCCAUGGCUCUGCUGCCUCCACCUCCACCACCUCCACCACCUCCACCUUCUUCUCCACCACCCAUUCCACCUUCUCCACCGCCACCCACCUCUCCUCUGCCCCCUGUGACUUCUAUGGCCCACCAUUGUGAUUCUGCUUUCAGUUACAAUAGACUAUCUGGCCCUGAAGUCAUCCUGAAUCAGAGCAAAGAUGAUGGGCCUAUGCGUGAUGACAGUUCAAACUGGGAAGGUGGAACUGGCCAUGGGGCUAGCUCCUCCGAAAAGAGUGUGAUGGUGGAUCCUCCUCCUCCACCACCUAAGCCAACGGAUGAAAGAAUUCUACAAAAGAUUGAGGUUUUAUGCCAGUUUAUUGCUAAAAAUGGUCCUGAUUUUGAAGAUAAGGCUCGGAAGAAUGAAUCUGGGAAUCCGGAGUUUGCAUUUUUGUUUGGUGGUGAGCCAGGAAGUGAAGCUGCAAUUGCACAUGACUAUUUUCUGUGGAUGAAGAAGAAACGUGCGCUGGCAGUUAAAGCACAUGAACGGCACAAACAAAGAGAUUCACCAUUAAGGCCUUUGGAAGUGGAGUCUUCAGUGCAGCCUAAUUUAUUGAUGGAUCCAGAUGCAUCGCAUUCAGCUGCUGAUUCUGACAUGGAGAUGGAAGAUGAUAUGAGCCAACCUACAAAAGAUGAGGGGAUUUAUCACUCGUUUGAAGGCCAAACCCAUGAGAACAAUGAACUCCAUAUGACACAGCAGUUGGAUGCACCGCAAGUUUCAGCUGAACACAUUCUACAAAAGAAUGCUCCUGUUGGAAAUAUAUCAAGCUCUGGCUCCUUGGGAUUGAGUGGACCAGGAACAGGUCAUGAUUACUCAGCCUUUGGAAUGUCAAUUUCCAAAGUUCACUGCUCAGUCACAAAUUCAGUGGGAGCUCCUGAAUGCCAUUUGGACAGUGACUUCGAGAAAUCUGCUACUCCCCUCAUUGAUGAUUUAAUUCCAUCCAGUGCCUCAGCAGCUGCUUCAGGCAUUGGUUUUGAAAAGUUUCCUGGUCAAAUUAUCAAAGGUGCAAGCCCAUUCAGACUUCUACAAGACUAUGCUUCUGACGACAGUACAGAAAAUGGUGAUGUGCCAUGUGCUGAAGAUGUUAUCCCUGUAACUGCGUCACCAUCAGUCACAGCUGAUACUGGUUUGCAUAGAGAUAUUAAAUAUAAUCUGGACUCUGGUCUAGGAUCUGAGCGCUCUUGCAGGACUGAGAGGAGUUUUGAGCCAUCCUCUGAACCUGAAUCACCAGUGGAUGUAAAAGAAGUUAAAACAUCUAUUGCUACCAGAACCACUGAUGAAAAUGUUUUGAUUCAUGAAAAUGAGGCGCCUAUUUCCCAUGGUGCUUCUGACAGGGAUGGCCAUGAAAAAGGUGCUGGUGGUGGUGUUGAUAUUGUUCCUGAGAGUGGGAAGUCUCAGAAGGAAAUGCCUCCACUGAAAAUCGAUGAGUUUGGGCGGUUGGUCAAAGAAGGUGCUAGUGACAGUGAUUCUGAUGAUUCACGCUAUGCUAGGAAACGUGGUAAAAGAGGGAGAAGUAGGAGCCGUAGCCGAUCUCCUCCAGAUAGGAGGAGGAGGAGGAGUCCACUGAGGAGAAAGGAGAGGCGAAGCAGAUCUCGCAGUUGGUCUCCUAAGAAGCGAAGAAGCAGGAGCAAGUCCCCUGCUUUUAGGCGUCUUGGUGAGUAUGGUGGGGACAAGAUGAAACGGGACAAGGGUCAGAUGCCGACCUGCUUUGACUUUGUUCGAGGCAGGUGCUACCGUGGAGCAUCAUGUCGAUAUCUGCACCAGGACAGUAGCAAUCGUGAUGGAUCAAGGCUCCAUAAGGAUAAAGAACAGUAUCCUGAAGAUCCACCCAAUUCAAAUAAUAUUAAUUUAUGUGAGGGGAAUAAGAAUAUCCCAGUAAAAAUAUCAGCUCAGGAGCAUGAUGAAAACAAGACCCAACCAGUUCAAUUCUCUCAGGAUGCAACUGAUGGCAGCUUUCAUGCUCCAAAAGAUGGGGAUGUUAAUGACAAAAGAGAGGAAAAUUCUGCCAGGGAUUCCAUGCAAGCUGUUGCUUCAGAUCAACAUGGUAAAUCUGGGAGUUGUGGAGAUGCAGCUGUUCAUGUGCUGGAAGUGCAAGAAGUUCAAGAAGGGCCUGCAAAGGCUGCCACUCAUGUUCUUGAUGAUGAGAAUUUUCAGGCACCAGAGGAGACCCAUCAGCCAUUUUCAGUUGACUGUUUUCCCUCUCAACCUGUAACUGAUGCCGAUAACCUGAAGUUAGCUGGUGAUACUCCUCAAGGCACACUUUUUUCCUCUGAAAGUAAAGCAAUUCAGCAAUCUCAAGCCAAUCUUUCCAUUCAUGCUCUUCAAAAUGCGGCUCAUGAGUCUCAUCAUGUAGAUGGCUCUUCCUUGUCUGGUUCUUCACCCGAUCAAAUGCCUACAACUUUCUCAAAUAAGCUUCCUUCAAGUGAACCUUAUGCAAAGAAGAUCUCUUCCAAUCCUUUGCACCCUGGAGCAAGUUCUACAAGCCAAUCGGUCUCAGCUGAAGGUUUUUCAUCUCAAUCUUUGGCACCUAAGGAGUUAUCGUCACCUGGUUCCUCUGCUGUAGAUUUCCCACAUCAUCCUUCCCAGUUGCCUCCUCCGCCUCCAUUUAUGCAAGGGGUAAAUGCCCCACAUUUGCCACAGCCUCCAAGGGAUUACAACUUGCUGCCACAAACCACAAACUUUCCAUUUCAAUCUGCCUCAGGCGAAAGUUUUUCAACGUAUCAAGCUUCACUAUCCAAUCAACAGUCUCAUUUCUCUAUAACACCAAAUUCCUCUUGGACUUCCAUGCUGCCACCACCACCUCCAGUGUCACAUUUUAAUGAUUCUGCUGUAAAUGCAGUGACUGUCACUGCUGGUGUCCCAUUGCAAUAUCAGCAGACUCAUCUGCCUCCAAGGAAUGAAUUUAUUUCUCAGAGUUUUGCAACUUCCCAUCCGACUAAAUUGCCCACUCAUUCUCAGCCGGGUGAGUUUCAGCACCGUGCCUACCCUCCUAUGCAGGAGCCACAUCUACCUCCUUUGCAGAUGGAACCAAAGUCUCUUCAUUUGGGCAACCCAUCAAGCCAACAAUUUGGAGGCCCUAGUCUUGUGAGGGAAGAUCGCUUUUCUCAGUUUCCAGUGCAGGGUUUAAUUCCUUCAAGUUCCUUUGCUCAGGGCAGCAUGUAUCCUCAACCUAUAUCUUAUUUGAGGGGAUCACCAGCGAAUAAAGUGCAACCUUUCCCUGUUGAGGAUGUUCCUCCAGGUGAAAUUCUUAAGUCAUCUUCUCAGAUUCAUACUUUCUCACAGCAGAAGCAACCACCAUAUGAUCUGUCACACUCUACAUCUGAUGCUUUUUCUGUACAUCUGGGUGUGCCUGGCAAGAUCAGUUCUUCUAUGUCAAGAUACCCAUCAGAUCUCCUGGACAGGAAUCAGUCAUCUCGUUUGUCAGACUUUGGCGGAUCACGAAUUUCAGCACACUAUAAUCCUUAUGCAUCUACUUUUGAGCAGCCACUUAGCUCCAAAUUCAGUUCUAAUGUUUUCAGACAAGAGAAGGACACGCCUUAUAGCAAUAAAUAUGAUAUGCCAUUCAGCUUGAGCCAUGUUCCAGCUGAUGAGCCUGGUGUUGGUAGUCUUGCAUCAAGACAGACAAUCUCCUCGCCUAAUUCUGCCACUGCUGGUCGACAGGUUUUGUCUAGGUCAGGAGGUGACCAAUAUGAUCCACUUUUUGACAGCAUUGAGCCAUCUUCAAACUCAUUUAGAAAAUUUGAUCACGUUCAAAAGCUGGAACCUACCAUUGACUCUGACAUCAUGUUAAGACUUGGUGACUCACAUAAGCCAUUGGAUGUGGAAGAAAACAAUAAGCACAAAGAGGUUGAAGCAGUUGCUGUAACUACAUCUCUUGAAAAUGAUGAAUAUGGUGAAACUGCUGAUGCAGAGGUAGGGGCUGUUGAGAAUGAUAGCCCAAGUAGUCCGAUUGACAUAGCAAACACAGCUGCAGGAGAGAUUGAGAUUGAUCAGAUUAAGUCGCCAGGGAAGAGCAAGAAAAGGAAGGACUCCAGAUCAAUGAAGCUUUUCAAAGUUGCCCUUGCAGACUUUGUGAAAGAGGUGCUAAAGCCAUCAUGGCGACAGGGUAAUAUGAGCAAAGAGGCAUUCAAGACCAUUGUCAAAAAGACAGUUGAUAAGGUAUCUGGAGCUAUGAAGAGCCACCAGAUACCAAAGUCUCAAGCAAAGAUAAAUCACUACAUUGAUUCAUCUCAGCGGAAACUGACAAAACUUGUGAUGGGGUAUGUUGACAAGUAUGUCAAAGCAUGAAAGUUCAGAUUACAAUUGAUUCCAGCCUGCAGCAGUAGAAGAUUUUAAUUAAACUUAGUGUGAUGGUGGGGGGAAGGAUUUGAUUCAGAUGGCACCGGGAAGAGUGCCAGUAGUUGGUUUGUAAAGUCCAUGCCUGCUGUUCCAAGGAAGAUGUUAAAGCCCCUGGAAAGAUGAAUUUAAUGGCAGAUUAUUAGAAUUACAACCUCAGAAAAGUUCUGAGGGAGCUUCAAAACGUGUAUGUAAAAUGCACUCCUUCAAAUUCAGUUACUACUUCUUUUACUUAUAUUAAUCAGCGGUUCCUUCCAACCAAUAACAUAAGCUGUUUGUAAAUUUUGUGAUCCAAAUUUUAUUCUCAGUAGAUACUUGAUUCUUCAUAGAUUUCAAAGUA